AACAUGAGUAAAUUGCAUUCGAAAACGGAAACUAAAGAGACUGGUUCCACUAUACGAACCAGAAGUAUACUAAUGGCAUCCACUUCUACGUCUUUCCUUCGACCCUCUAAGGUGGUUCAGGAACCGUUGCAGAGCUUUUUGACGCAUAGCAGCUAUGAGGGGUCCUGGAGCAACAAAGUGCACACCAUGGAUGGCUUUGGCUGCUAUCGUUAUCCCGAUGGCAGUGAAUAUCGGGGCUGCUUUCAACGCGGCAAGUUUCAUGGAUACGGGCAACUGAAGCUUGCAGCACCCUACAAGUUCAAUAUGAAGGGGCACUUUGUUGAGGGAAAACUAAAGAAUAUUUCGGAUAUGUGGUUUGAAGAUGGUCUGCACGUAGAGGGUACUUUCGAGGACGGACAUCUUAACUGCAAGAAUUGGAAAUAUCUGUCGGAGAGUGAUCGGCGUUAUCAGGGGGAGUUGACCUAUGGCCAACAGCCGGUGGGACCAACCUCGUACUUGACAAAAAACCCCUUGGCGCGUUCCCUCAAUACUGAUAACUAUGAUGCGGAGGAGGGUAUGUUCAAUUCAAAAACGGGCUGGCUCACUGAUCGCAAGCCGCCAUUCAGUCAAACCUUCUAUGUGAACUGUGACGAGGAUAAGGCAUGGAUAAUGCGCCAUUGUCGAAAAGGAUGCGAUACAUCCACUAAUUCCAUGGAGCCUGAGGCACGAUUCUGUCGUCAGAUUAUAAAUAACAAUUUGGAGGAUGAAAAUAUUAGGCAGGCCGAACUCUGUCUAUUUUCGCCAGCCAAUAACCUUGAUUUUGAUCGUAAACGCUACUUUCACAAGCUGUGUGAACAAAUUGACGAACAGUCUUCCAAUUCAUCUGACGAGGCAAAUUCCUCUAGCACCGAGUCCGAUAUUAAUGUCGGGGAUAGCAGUUGUGAUACUCAGAGUUUCAGCGACGACUCGCUUAGUGAGAGUGUGGAUAAGUCCGUUCACGAUAUCGAACGCAUGGACUCUCGUGAUUUCAAUUUGAAUGUGGUGCAAAGUAAUCUCACACGUGGUCCCAUAACAGCUGUGAACACUCAACAUUCGACUUUUCAAUUGUAACGUUCCAUGAUGGGUUAUUUGCGAUGGAAAAAUAUUUCAUAGUAUAGUACUCUUCAUUUGAAGUCAUUUGAAAUUUGUCACAGGUUUUUCGAGUUUAUUUUGAGAAAAUCUGUUUAUUUUUUGUACAGGAAUGAUUGAAUUGAAGAAAGCGUUUGCCCAAAUAGGACCCAUUUUUAGGUAGAACCCUAGUUUAAUUUCAUGCGAAAACUUGUCCAUCCAGAAAAGAAAUAAAAUAUAAAAUUUUAAA